UAAUGGUGUGGUCGCCAUGGGACUGAGCAGGCUGGAUACCAAACCCCGAACCGUGUUUAAAUCUGUUUAACGGUGGCCAGUGACAGAGGCACAUUAACACUGUUGACACUUUGGAGGCAUGUUUUCCAUCUGAAUGACUACAACAGAAUCCAGAGCUGGACUAUAAGAGAGUUGCAGUUCAGGACUGGGGGGCACCAGCAGAGCUGUGAGUUUCUAGGCUAGGCCUGGAUUAGGAAGGUGCCUGUGAGUCAGGACUCAGGGUGCAUCAACACAGCAAACAAAAGUGUGAUUGCAGCACAGGUGUGUGUUCCUACAUUAGCUUUAUUCUAGCUAACAAUGGUAACAAUAACAGUGGGAACAAGUUAGCACAGGUUUAGCAUAGGCUGGCAACCAGAGCUGGAACCCCAGGUCCCUGGUGGGUUGGCAUUGGGGCAGCUAUCCUGCAGUGAAGUCUGUGCCGCCCAUUAUCCUUACCCACACUAACAAUUAAAGCUGGCACGUCUCUGUCCACCUGCUCUACAAUUACACCUUUGCUUGCUAGGUAGACACACCUUUAGAUGUUUUUGUGGAGUCCGCCUCUCUGGCAGGACACAUGCUGUUUGUUCUCCACCCAUGCCCUGCCUGCUGGGCCACUGCUUUUAAUUUCAAGCUGUCAGGAAAUCAUGCUAAUCCAAUUGCUUAUUAGACUUCCUCGUCCAACUCCUCCCACUCCAUGUCUGAUUGAGCUCUAUAUAACAUGCACCAAGAUGAGAGGGAGGAUCAAGGAGAGGUUCAGCUCAGUAGACACCAGAAUCCAUCUCUCUGACGACAGGUCGAUCCAGUGACAGACACAGCUAUGGCUCUGAAGGGACCCUGCCCGGCGCUCCUGCUGCCCCUCACCCUGCUGGUCACCUGCCUGGCCCUGUCCAGUGGGCAGUAUUGGAAUCUGCUGAAUGACAUAUUCCAGAGAGAGCACGUGAACAAUCCCAAGAACGAAGCCAUCAACAACAAAGCCUACUGCAACAUGUUGAUGUGGGACCGGGGCAUAGUCUGGAAGUACACCAACACCUUCAUCCAUGAGUCCCUCAAGAAAAUCAACGCCAUCUGCAAUGCAGAUGGCAUACCCGUUGGGGGCAUCAAACGCAAGAGCAAGGAAUCCUUCUCAAUCACCACCUGCACAUUUAACUCCUGGACCUUCUCUUUCAACGGACUCAGUGGCAAAAAGAAAAUUGUCCUCUCCUGCUGGAAUGGGCUCCCUGUGAGAUUUGUGAGGCACAUUUAGGACCCAGAGAGACUGUGGAAGGCAAGAAGGGGACUCUGCUGCUUUCUCUAACCCUGCUCUGUCCCUUCCACACUGGCCACAGCACCCAGCUCCUCAUCCGCCUCUAAACACUAGUGAGAUGGUAUAGGUGUUUCCACCCUGCACCCUCUGCUGCCCCUAUUGCCCAUUAUACAGUAUAGCCUCCCCUUCCCUGCCCCUCACCCUCUGCUGUUCCUAGUGGCCACUAUACUGCAUAGCUAGCCCUUCCCAGUCUUGUUGUCCCUGCUGUCACAUGGUGGCCAUCUAAAAACCUAUCCUUUCAUUAAGAAAUAUUAAUCAGUUUCAUGUUCUUGUAUUGUGUAUUCAGCCUGAUCAUGAGCAAUCCUCAUAUAUGACAUGAUUAAAUGUUAUUGGUCAUUGUUUGCUUCACUUUUUUUUAUGUUUCUCUGUGCUCCU